UUAUUCAAUGUAGUGUAAGUGAAUGUUAUUUGAAAUUCGCAGUAUUGUAGAUCUGAACUUUAGUAUUUAAACAACGUAUCGUGAGGAUAAUUUUCAACUGUUGCUUAUGACUUAAAAACAUAUAACAUUUUGCGAAUGUUUCGGUGAUAAAAUGUUGACGUUACUCCGUAUCUGUGCGGUAUUGUUCUUCGCUGUGAAAUUGACGGAAGCUGCUGCAUUUAAAAGUCUUUUUGAAGAAAAACAAUGUCUGCGUGCAGCAAUCUUUACGAGCGGUGUGAUCAUUGGCGACGUACGCAACAAUAAUGUCAGCUUCAAAUGCGACCACGGCUUUUUCAGCAACGUUCCAAAUCUGCAGGAAAUAUUGUUUAGCUGCAAAUAUUUCCAGGCGAUUGGCAGCGUGGCUUGGAAAGGUGAAGGAAUAGGAGUGAAGAUAGAACAAGGACUGCAAGCUUUGUUCUUGAACGCCGUCAAAUGCAGUCCAGGUUGCCCGCAACCGGAUUAUUCCAAGUUUCCAGAGCAUUUGAUGGUGAAUUCUAUCAGCAGCGCGAAACUGACAAUUGUUACUUCGACCGGCGUACCGAUUGAAGACCAGACAUAUUUCAUUUCUGGAGACACAAUUGCAUUGAAAUGUGAAGAGGGUUACGUUCGCACUGGACAAUCGGGAAAUGAGACAAACCAAGAGUUUGACCCCUAUAACAUGUACAAUGAAUACGAAACCAGUCAGGAUGAAGCAGUCGCUCCUGCACAAACGUUCACGUGCAGUAAUGAUGGCUAUUGGAACAACAGCGUUGAUGCAGACUUAGGAUUUUGUAAAGCAAUCACAUGUGACGCAAGGGCUUUCCAGAACAUCAAGAAUGGUGCGAUUACAAUAUACAAACAUGUCUACGAGUUCAAAGAGUCGAUGACGCUCGAUUGCGACCAAGGAUUCCGGCCUUACAACAACCGGGAAUAUUUGCACUGUCUUGAAGACGAUAGUUUCGAAGAUGAAGUCUUCGGUUGUGAAGCUAUCACCUGCCCGAGGCCCCCAGAACCCCUGCAUGGCGGACUAGAAAGAACGCAGUUGUAUUACUUUCCGAACCAGACCGCAGAGUUCUACUGUGAUUCUGGCUACACAAUGAAGGGAUCCAGAAUGUGGAAGUGUCUGGCGUCUGGCAGCUGGGAUAAGUCCUGUGUUCGGUGUGUCCGAGCAGAUGACCACUGCCGACCUCCUUGCAUUCCGUUUGGGGCGCAUGUCAUCAACCCACCACGUAGAAUAGACAUCGGCACGACGAUUGAGUUUGCCUGUGAUGAAAAGAUGAACGGACGUUCGCCUAAUAGGACGUGCCUGUCAAGCAAACAAUGGAGUGGUGAACACGAACACAUAGAUUGCACAGGACGGUCUUUGUUUAUGUCCGACAUGAACGACGUGAAGAGUAUUGCAACUGUUAUCAAGAGAACACACGACUCUGCCAAUACGGCCGUCAAUGUCUACGAUGAUUCAUAUGGAAUAAGCAUUGCAUUAUUUGAAACUGGUGAUGAUGUCUACUUCCUAAUGGAUGUCUCGAAAAGUAUUGAUGAACGCCAGUUCGUACAGAUGAAAAAAUGCGUUACUGCUGUAGUUCAAAAUCUGGGAGUAAACAACACUCAGGAUUCAACCCGAGUCGGAGUGUAUCUGUUUGCCGCCAAUGUGAAAGCAACUUUCACACCUCGAGAUCGGCUGAGUGCAAGUGAGAUGAUUGCCGCACUUAAUAAAACAUCUCUCCGUGACUCUCGAGUAGACACAGGUCUUGGAACGGAUAUAAGCAAGGCGUUGAACGAUGUGCGCGCUGACAUUAUCGCGACAGGAACUUCCGGUAUCCGCAUAUCCCGAGCUGCUAUAAUUAUGCUUAGCGACGGCAAAUUCACACAAGGCGGCAGCCCAGUGCCGAUGGCAGAGCUAUUGAAGAAACAGUUUGGAGUCCUGUUGUUCUCCAUCGCAUUCGGCUCUCACGAUGACACUUCUGGCCUCCGAGUGAUGGAAGAGAUGUCAAGCAAAGUCGAGGGCGAACAGUUUUACUUUUCAAUGAAAAGCAAGAAUGGCAUGACCGCAGGCGGAUAAUAGAUUAUAUUACCUUAGCCCGCACAAAAUGAACAAACAAUGUGCAGUAUAGACUGGAAAUAUAGUAGAUUCUGCAGAAAGCUUUAUGACAAUUGCUUAUUGCUAUUUCACAAUUGCAAAACUCGUACCUUUUCUUACCAAUUAUCAGUAACAAUAAGCAUAAAGGUGGUAAACACAUUGUAGCCAUUAACUAAAACAAUUCAAUUUGCAUA